AUGGGAAAGAAAAAAAAUAGGUUAAUGGACAAAUGGACAGUGAACAAAAGUAUGGGUAAGGACCCCACCCAGCCUGAGGGAUACAACACCGUGCACAAUUUAACGCCUUCCAACUUGGUAUGCAAACUUGUAUUCAUGGCUAAUUUUCGAGGGGUGGUGCCGCCCACUGAGGAUGAAGCUAUGUAA